AUGAUAGUUGCGGUACCAACAAAAAGAGAGAGAGCAGAAGAAGAAGAAGACGACAUGAGAAACAGCAUACGUUGUUGCAUCUCUUGCAUUCUUCCAUGCGGAGCACUGGACGUAAUCCGCAUAGUGCACUCCAACGGCCGCGUCGAGGAAAUCAGCGGCACCGUUAAGGCCAGCGAGAUCAUGAAGGCGCACCCCAAACACGUGCUCAAGAAGCCAUCCUCGCCAUCCACCCAAGACGGCGUCGUUCCCAAGAUCGUCGUGGUCCCUCCCGACGCUGACCUCCAGCGCGGCAAGAUUUACUUCCUCAUGCCCCUCCCCUCCCCCCCGUCCGACAAGAAUCACCGCCAGAGACUCUCCUCCGGGAAGAAGAAAAGGAAGGACCACCACAACGAGAGAAUCAACAACCACCACAACCGAAAUCACAACAACAAUAAUAACAACAACAGUGAUGCCAUUUCCGUGGCAAACUUGCUCGUCUCGAACGAUCGCUACUUGACUGAAAUACUCUCUGAGAAGCUUUCAACGCAGAGGGACAGAAGACGAGGACGUGUCGCCGUUUGGAGGCCUCAUUUGGAAAGCAUUUCCGAGUCACCACCUGAUAUAUGA